AUGGCUACAAAAGGUAAUCGUAAUCGUAAUGGUGGCGGUGGCGGUGGUGGUGGUGGUGGUUAUUCAGAUGAUGAUAAUGAUGAUUUUCAUAAUAAAUCUCAACAACGUCAACGUUCAUCAUCUCGUCAUCAUCAUCAUCAUCAUCGUAGUGAUCGUCGUCAUGUUCAACAACAAAAUCCACCAUUACAACAACAGCAACAACAACAGCAACAACAACAACAACAACAACAACAACAAUCAUAUGAUCCAAAUAAACGUCGAAAAUUUGGUGGUCUUGAUGAUGAAGAAUUAACUGAAGAUAAAUUACAAGUAGCAUUAUUUUCAUUAGGACAAAAAAUUGAUCCAACACUUGAACAAACAUUACGUGAUUUAUGUACAACAUUAUGUAAUGAUUUAAAUAAACAUAAAAAAAUAAUUUUCAAUAUACUUAAUCAAUGUAUACAAUUAAUACCUGAACGUAUGACAAUAUAUUCAACAUUAGUUGGUUUAUUACAUGCAUCAAUAAUAACAUUUGGUUCAGAUUUUAUUGAUACAUGUAUUAGUUCAUUAAAAGAAUGUUUAUUAUUAUAUAAAUUUGAAACAAUACAACGUUAUAUACGUUUUCUAUCUGAUUUAAUUAAUGUUAAACUUAUAUCAUCAUCAUCAAUAUUAAAAUUAUAUGAAACAUUAAUACAAACAACAACAGAAACAAAUAUACCACAAGUACGAACAGAUUUUUUUAUAUCAUGUAUAUUAACAUCAUUACCAUAUUCGGGUAAAAUAUUAUCGGAAAAACAUAAUACAGAAUUAAAUCGUUUAUUAUAUUCAAUUGAUAAAUAUGUAUAUAAACGUUCAAAAAUUCAUGUACCAAUAUUACAAGUUUGGACAUCACUUGAACCACAUCCACAAGAAGAAUAUUUAGAUUGUUUAUGGGCACAAAUAAAACGUUUAAAUCAAGAUGAAUGGUCAGAAUCACAAAUAUUUCGACCAUAUUAUACAUAUGCUGAUACAUUAUUUAGUGAUAUAUCAGCAUCAAUUGUUUAUGAUUUACCAUUAAUUACAAUACCAUUACAUAGUGAUAUAAUUAUUUAUCCAUUACCUAAAAUUGUUUUUCGUAUGUUUGAUUAUACUGAUGUACCUGAACAAUAUGUUUUACCAGGUGCACAUGCUAUUGAAAGAUAUUUAAUUGAAGAUGAAAUAUCAAAUAUUAUGCAUACAUAUCAUACAGAAAGAAAAGAUUGUGCUAUACAAUUAACACAAAUUCGACCAAAAAAUAAAAUUCCAUUAAAUUAUAUGAUUGUUGAGGUAAUAUUUGGUCAUUUAUUUAAAUUACCACGUUCACAACAUCUUGAAUUAUUUUAUGGUUCACUUCUACUUGAAUUAUGUAAAUUACAACCAUCAACAUUACCACCUGUAUUAGUACAAGCUGUUGAUAUGUUAUUUGAACGUUUAAAUACAAUGAAAACAUCAUGUAUUGAACGUUUUGUUAAAUGGUUUUCAUAUCAUUUAUCAAAUUUUCAAUUUACAUGGGCAUGGCAAGAUUGGAUAAAUUGUUUAGAUGAAAAUUCUGAAUCACCAAAAAUAAAAUUUAUACGUGAAACAUUACAACGUUGUAUGAGAUUAUCAUUUCAUCAACGUGUUAUUGAAUUUGUUCCUGAACAAUUUUAUAAACUUGUACCAAAUAAACCAUCACCUAUAUUUAAAUUUGAAGAAACUGAUCCACCUAUAUUUGGUUCUGAAUAUGCACAAUUAUUAACAAAAAAAAUUCGAGAACGUUCAUCAGCUGAAGAUAUUUUACGUAUAUUAAAUACAGUACCAAAUCCAUCAAAAGAUGAUGCAUCAUCAUCAUCAGUAGCAACAACAACAACAACAACAACAAAUAUGAAUCAACCAACAAAUGAUUUAACUUAUAAUAUGGUACAAAUUGAUUUAUUUGUAUCAUCAUUACUUUGGAUUGGAUCAAAAUCUUUUACACAUUCAUUUGCAUCCUUAGCAAAAUAUCAUCAAUUAUUUAAAAUUCUUAUUGAAAGUGAAGAACAACAAAUUCAAGUACUUAAAUCAAUGUAUGAAAUUUGGCCUAAUCAUCAACAGAUGAUGGUUGUUUUAGUUGAUAAAUUAGUAAAAACACAAAUAGUUGAAUGUUCAGCCGUAGCUAAUUGGAUAUUUUCAAGUGAAUUAGGUUCUGAAUUAACAAAUUUUUAUGUUUGGGAAAUAUUAUCAUCAACAAUUGAAAAAAUGAAUCGUCAAGUUGAAAAAUAUCAUAAUGAAUUAUUAGAUUUACGUCGUCAAUUAAAUAUAUCAGCAACUGUUCAAGCUGCAACAAAUACAACAGAUACAAUAUCUUCAACUGAACAAACAAUAGUAGCAAAUGAAGAAAAAAUUUCUGAUGAUAAUAAAAUGGAUGAAAAUGAUAAUACAACAACAACUACUACUACUACUAAUGAAGAAAAACCAACGAUAACUAGUUUAAAACGACGACACGAAAGUGAUGAUGAUGAUGAUGAAGAUGAAAAACAAUCAACUGAAAAAAUUCAAUCCAUGCAAAUAUCACAACCACCAAUGGAUGAAGCAACAGCUAAAUUACAUGAAAAAUAUGAAAUUAUUGAAGAACGUUUAUCACAUGCACGUGAACAACAAAAAAAACUUUAUUUAAUUGUAUUUCAACGUUUUAUAAUGACAUUAAGUGAUUUUUUAAAUGAAUGUGAAAGUAAAAAUGUUGAUCCUGUAUCAACACCAUGGCUUAAAUGGAUAAUUGAACGUUUACAAGAAAUUUUUCUAUUAUAUCAUGAACAAGUUUUUCAAUAUGUAUCAACAUUUGAAUCAUUAAUAUUUACAUCGGAUAUUGAUUUUUGUAUAUUAGAAGUAUUUCAACAAUUUUGUGCUUUACGUGCAUAA